UAUUUUUUUAUAAAUUAUAACCAGCCCUGGCAUUGAGUCAUUGUAAUUCUGCUUUGCCGCAUUUAAAAUCACUCUUGCUGUGGUGAACUCCGCUGCCUGGGACUAUCUCUGACGCUCUCCGAAGACACCGCCGGCCUCCAACAUGCACCAAGGUGACGUCAGUUCUAGCAUGAUGGCGGUAGCCUGGACUAUUUUGAAUCCCGUCCCGCUUUUCCAGCAUUAAGAAGGCACAUUUGAACACUGAAAAUGCCACGACGCCGCUCGGAGAGCACCAACUAAACCACAAAUACUACCAUGGACUCGGUGGUGGGCGACGACCAGACUCUCCCCGUUGACUUGAACGGAAGCUCACCAAAUGAUUUUAUAUCCAGCUGCAGCCUCCCGGACUCGAUCAAUGCUGGUAGCCACUCCACCACGGGCGUCAUGACAGCACUGUCCUGUCCCGGGAAGAUGUCCCCCAUCAAAGCCCUCACCAUGAAGGACUAUGAAAAUCAAAUCACCGCGCUGAAGAAGGAGAACUUCAACCUGAAACUGCGCAUUUACUUCAUGGAGGAGCGCAUGCAGCAGAAAUGCAACGACUCCACAGAGGACAUAUUCAAAACGAAUAUUGAGUUGAAAGUGGAAUUGGAGUCAAUGAAGAGAGACAUGGCAGAGAAGCAGGAGUUGCUCGUAUCUGCGUCCAAAGCGCUGGAGAGUCUGGCUGGUCGAGAGACUGGUGAGCCACAGCGCAUCAGAGAGCAAGCGCAGCGUGACAUGGAUGCGCUCCGUGACUCGUUCAACAAGACGAUUGCAGAACUGGAAGAAUCCCUGCGAACAGCUGAAGAUGAGGUGGAGAAGAUGGCUGCCAUCGCUGAGCAAGAAAAGCUCAAAAACAUCAACAUGGAGAAGCAGCUCCAAUUCGUGGGACUGCCCGGCUCCAUGCAAGACCUACAGCUGGCCCUGCAGGAGAAGGAUUGCAUCAUUGAGCAGCUGAAGAUAACCUUAACAAAUCAAGAAGCCGAGCUCCGUCAGACCAACAACAGGCACAGAGAGAUGGACAUGGUUUCUUCUGAUCAAGUCAAACAGCUAACAGAUGAACUACAGGCCCUGAGGGACGAACUACUCAGAGAAAAGGACAAAAUAAAACCUGACCACCAGAGCGAGGUUCAUCAACUCGAGUCCGUCAACAAGCAGCUGACUGAAGAGCUCACCCAGGCAAAAAGUACCCAUGAGAACCUGACAAAGACACUGGAAGAAAUCCAGAGUGAAACCAAGAUGCUGUCAGGAAGGCUGGAUAAGAGUGAGAAUGAACUCCAAACUGAGAAGAAAAACGGGCUAAAGCGAGACAAAACUAUUCAAGGGCUCACACAGGUCAUCAAAGAAAAAGAGAAAGAGAUUGCAGAGUUGUGCCAUGAGAUCGAGGACCGGGAUGAUGCUCUCGCCAAAGCCAGGGAGACAGCGCACAAGGCCCAGAUGCAAAAAUAUCAGGGAGCGGAAGAACACCAAAGUCUAUUAAUGACCAAGCAAACAGAGCUGAUCCAGCUCCAGGGCGAGCACCACGCCAAGGUGCUCGAAGCCCAAAAGCUGCAGCGGGCCCUGGACAGGAAGGAGCAUGAGCUAUCUGACUUGCAGCAGGCAAAAGAACAGCUGGAGGUGCAGUUGGAAGACCUGCAGCAGCAGAAGAAGAAGGGAGACAAAGCCUUGAAUGAUCUUACCAACCAACUGAAAAAGCUCAGCGAUGAAAUCGGGGAGAAGGAAAGCUCUCUGGAGCAUCAGUACCAGGAGCUGUUGGACCAAACCAGAAGAAAAGUGCACGCUCAUGAAGUCACCAUCCAGCGGCUAACAUUCACCUUGGCUGAUAAAGAGCAGCAGUUACAGGAGUACAUAAACGCGGUCAGAGAUUUUGAGCAGAACAAGAGUCCCUCAGGAAACGACGGGAUGCUCGCGAAGCUGUGCCAAAGGUUGAAAGAGAAGGAAAAGGCACUAGAGCAAGCGCUGGAUGAGAGAUUUGCAGCCAUCGAAGAGAAAGACAACAAAAUCCAUGAGCUGCAACUGUCACUCCGUGUAAAGGAGAGGGACCUCGAGAGGCUCAAGAACAUUCUGUUGCACAAUGAAGAAACUAUUAAUAGUUUUGAUAGCCUGAUCAAGGAGAAGGAUCUGGAACUGCAGCACCUUGCAAACACACUAAAGAACCUGCAGAGGGCCAAGCAAGACAUGGAGGACAACCUGAACAGGUCGCUGAGAGAGAAAGACUCCAUCAUUAGCCAGCUGCAGCUCUCCCUCAACGGCAAGAUCAAAGAUUUGCAGGAAUUGUCCGAAUCGGUGCUGAGCCAGUCGCAAAGUCACGCACGCGACUUGGCCGAGCAGAUGGGCCAGAGGUUAAAGGUGAAUGAGGCAAUGCUGGCCGAGGCUGUGAAAGCCAGGGAAAGGCUUGUGGCCGAAAACGAGGUCGCCGUGGAAGGACUGCUGGCAACGAUUAGUAGCAAGGACCAACUCAUCAAGGAGUCUGCCGAGCACUACAACCGCAUGCUAUCUGAGCGUUCCCAAGAGAUUCAGGAGCUGAGGAAGCAGCUGUCCGACAGCCAUCAGCUCACCGCCGCUGAGAGGCAAAGCUCCACGGCGGCCCAGAAGGAAUCUUUGGAAACCGCAGAGCUGCGAUUCCUCCUCAAUGAAAAAGACAGCGUCAUCGAAAGGCUCCUCCACCGUGGCCAGGAGACGGAGCACGACAAGGAGCCAGAUUACGUGCUGGAGCUAAGACAAACCAUCCAGAUCAUGCAAGAGAAGUUAGAUGAGCGCCAAGCCGAACUCUCCAGGAGGAACAGCGACGACAGCGUGGAGAACAUUCCACUAUCCAAGAAGACUGUUGUAGUUCUUAAGAAAGAGCUGGCACAGAAAACGGAGGCUCUCAACAAAGCGCUGAAAAGGGAGAAUGAACUGAAGAUGUCUUUAGCCGAGCUGCAGGCAUUGCUGUCCGAGCUGGAGGGCCGCAGUGAAGGCCAGGCCGCCAACAUCGAGUCCCUGACUGCCACCCUUGAGACCAAGGAUGAGAUAAUUCAUGUUCUCCAACAACGCCUCGGCCCGCAAGGGGACACGCAAGGUGAUUUCGCCCCGGAUCGGGUCAUUGGCGGCAGCAUCGAUCGAUCGCCUUCGGGGCUCCCAGAAAGAGAGAGAACCAUGAUUGGUGGAGACAGCCAGCAAGAAGUGCUUCCCAACCUCGUAGCUUUGCAGCAGGAGCACGAGGCUCUCAACAAAGCGCUGAGGGCCGAGCAGCAGCUCUACUCCAGCCUUGUCAGGACUGUGAAGGAGCAGGACAGCGCCCAACGUCUUCACGCUCUACAGCUGGAGCUGACGGCAGUGCAGCUCCUCAGGCAGCAGCUGGAGGACGGUGUCAAAGCCAACGAGGAGCUCAGAGACGACUUGGAGAGAGAGCUAGACAGAGCCAAAGUCAGAGAAGGCGUGAAUGUAGUUGAUGCCAAAGAACUGGAGAGCAUGCAGCAUCAGCUGGAAGAUGCCCAGCGUUGGAAUGCCUCUCUGCAGGCCCGCUUGGGGGCCAUCCAGAACCGCGGCGGAGGAGUGGGCGGCACCGGCGACAGCCGAGACUCGCUGAGUUUCAUCGGCGACCAGACCUCUUACAUGAGCAUUUGUGUGGAUGAGGGGCAUGACAACAUUUCGCCACAGGAGCUCAAACUGAAGGUGCGAGAGCUGCAGGACUGUGUUAGCAGGCUUCAAGCGUUAAAUGUAGACCUCCAGAGCAGGCUGGCAGCACAUGAGAAGGCUCACCAAGAUGUUUUCAACAAGGACGACCAAAACCUGGCCAGCAGUCACCCAUGGAAACAGCAGCCAGACACAUCAACGAUUACAGAGGUGCCGCCUGUAGCUCACCAGACGUGCCGCUCUCAAGACAAAGAGAGUCAGACAGACAUCACACAGGGGCAGCUUCUUGGGGAUGAGAGUGUGGACAGUGGCCAGGGCCAGAGCAGAGAGAAUGCUCAUGGUGCCGCUACAGAGAUCGAUUCUGUAAAAUGUCUUCUGACUGAUAAUGGUGCUGCAUCACUCCUGCACCUUAGAGAGGAAGUCCGCAGGCUCACAGCUGAAAACGUGCAACUGCAAGGUCUGCUGAAGGAACACACGUCCAGCGAAUGCAAAGAGAAGGAGAGCACAGAUGCGUCAGGCAACAGCAGCGAUGGGCAGGCUGAAUUAAGACAGAGUCAGGAACUUUUGCAGGGUCAAGCUAAGGACAAAGAUGAGGACUGCUCAAUGGAUAGGAGGGCCCUGGUCACCACAGAGGAAGUGGGAACUCUGCAAACUGGCGAUCACAGCAAGAUUUCAAAGCAGAUGGCCUGCUUCAGAUCUCGAUUGCCUGUCCCUGUGAGGCCGAGAGCCGAAUCUUGCAGUGGCACACAUUCAGAGCCAAGUAAAGCGCACACGACGCAGCAACUUCACACAGAUGCUGACCAGCACUCCACUCCAGACUCCACCGCGUCAUCCCAACCAAGCGCCGGCCCCUCUUCUUCCUGCGGACGUGCUCACGAUAGCGGCUAUCCAGACACGCACACGUCAGAUGACACCCAGGACCACGGCGCUCUUUUUACCCAGCUGGAGCUCCUUCACCAGGAGUGCCAGGAGAAGGAGGCCUUGAUCAACAAGCUCAGCGAGCAGCUCGCUGAUUGGGAGGAGCUCCAUGCGCAGCUCCAGGACAAGGAACGUCUCAAUAGCCAGUAUGUGGAGGCCUUACAAGCUGCCGAGUCCACCAUCGCCUACCUGACCGCCUGCAGUCUGGACAGCCAGGGUGGGUCCAGACAAGGAGCAGCGCCUUCUGAUGUGGGCUCUAGCGGCACAUGCCUGGAUUUACAGAAAGUGCUUCAGGAAAAGGAGGACAUUAACAAGCAACUCACACAACUGUUGAAUUUGGCAGAGAAGCACAUUUCAUUUCCAGAUAGCCAGGAAAAGCAGGGGGAAAUUGGAGAUCUCCGUUUGAAGAUAGAGGCAGUAAAAGCCUCAAUAAACAAGCAGAACUCCAGAGGGGACUUUGGAGGACCUGAGGGUUCGGCGCACAAGGACUCUUCUCAGGAUGAGUUGAGAUUGAGUACUUCCACACAGACGGCACCUGAAUCUCUCGCAGACAAUGAGUUGUGUGAUCAGCAGGGAAAAAGUGGAAAUUCUGACCAAACUUCAUGUCAGGAGAUGACCCAAGUUCUUGUGAAAUGCCUUAGCUCGGCAGAAUCUGUCAUAGCUUCCUUGGCAGCUGCCUGUAAAAAUACCAUCUCGUUCACCAACCCUCACCUACAAGAGCACUUGGGCAACCUCCAGAGAGCUCUACAAAAGAGACAAGAACUGGAGCGCCUCACUCGUGCCACUCAGCCAAGCAGUCAGUCCGAGGAACUUCUCGACUCGGAUCUCCUUUGCAAUCUGGAAAUGCUCUGCAAGGUCCUCAAUGAUCACUCUCAGAGGAUUAGUGAGCUCCAGGCCUCUCUCCAGGAAGAGAGGGCCCAUAGGGAAGAGAGCGAGGCCCAUGCAGUGCUGUCGGACACCAAGGGCCUAGCGCCAAGCGUUCAGGCCCAGCUGGAGGCUCUGCACAAGGCACUGAGGGAGAAGAAGAAAGCCUGCAAAAACCUGGAGGAGAAACUCGCCACGGCUCAAUCUACACCAUCCAUGAAUAACGUAGCACAAAAAGCUCUGGAGCGCGAUGACAAAGGUGUGCAGGUGGAUUUGCAGGACCUGGGUUACGAAACCACGGGCAAGAGUGAGAACGAUAGGGAAGAGAGCAGUAGCACAGACCUUGAGGUGGGCAUCAAAGCAAGCGGAAGCGCUUCUAGUCUCCCUUCGCUGCUGACUCAUGAGCAAGUGCACUUUUCCUCCACUGAACAUCUGGACUCUGCCGCCAGCACACCAUACCCGGGUUCCCCAACUUUGAGCUCGGCCAAGGUCAGUCUGAAAAGCCUUCAGACCUUCGAGGAAUACGGCCUCUCAGAGGACCCGCUACUACUCCAGGCGCAGGUGCGAGAAUUGAAGGUCCACUUGGAAAGCCAAACCAAACUCAUCCUCCAGAUGCAGUCUGUGCGGAGAAACCCAGUGGCUGGCCACUGCUCUGACCAGUUGACGAAUCAGGACGGAGCACAAAUCCAUCAUGCAAGGCCCAGUAGGGAGCAGAUGCGAGAGAAAGACUGUGACAGAGAGGCCCCGGCCAAAAUUGGUGAAACCAGUGAUGCGGAACGAAAGAAGAGUGCGAAAGAGCAGCUACAACAUGCCCGCAGCCGCUCUGCCUCCCCUGCCAGCCUGGACUCCCUGGUGCAGUCGCAGGCCAGGGAGCUGUCGCAGCUCAGGCAGCAGCUCAAGGAGAGCCGGCGGCUCGCGGGCCUGCAGCGUCGGCAGAUGGUGGAGCUGAGAAGGGCUUUCCAGGAGAUGCUCCACGCUACCCCAGGGGACUGCUACAUGAGCGAGGUGCUCAAGGAGCAGCUGGACAAGAGCCUGAGUAUUCUGGAUCGGCUGGAGGGACGCCUGGACAAAGGAGAGACUCAUCAGGAUAAUGAAGAUGUGGCGGCUCUGGAGCUUUCUCGCAGGUUGGCCAGAGAACUGCAGGAGAAGAACCGCCUCAUCCAGAGCCUGCAGAGUCAGGUCCGAGGCCACAGUCCCAACAGCUCCCACAGCUCCCACUCUGAUAAGGCCUCCUGUCACGGCAGCCUCCCCACACAAGGGGACGGAGCCGAAGUGGUGGCGGGAGGCCGACUUUUGGACUUGCACAGGGAGAACGCGCUGCUUCACGAGCGUCUGAGGGACAGCAAGCAGCUCAACAGCAGCCUGCGAAGCGAGCUGGAUCUGCGCCUGUCCGUCAUGGCCCAUCAUCAGGCGCGCGACUCUCCGACACAAGCACCCAAGCCCGACGAGAACGUUGUCUUGGCGGCAAAUGCUUCCGCAGAAGCACGCACCGUCACUUCAGACGUGCUGGCCGAGCACCUCGAGGAGAUCCGAGCUUUGAGGCGGCGACUGGAGGAGAGCAUCUCCACCAACGAUCGCCUGAGGGAGCAGCUGGAGAGGAGGCUUGCCGAGGUGGAGAAAGAAACAGCUACCAACAUCUUCAUCCACGGUAACGAGGAUCAAGCUCAGCUGGUCAACGAGGUUCGCUCCCUGUGGGGUCAGAACCAAGCCCUGAAGGAGCAGCUUAACCUGGAGUCCAAAGACAAACAGCGGGAGAGCGAGAGGCUGCGGGAGAGCCUGGCGAGGCGCACGGCCAAGCUGGAGCAGAGCAGGAAGGACGGCGACGUCCUGAGGCAGGAGAAUGCCAGGCUGCAGGAGAAGCUGGAGCUCGGCGGCCGAGAGAACAUGAGGCUGCUCCAGUCGCUGCGCACCAGCGAGGAGCAGUUGCGCAGUCUGCAGUGUGAGGUGAAGCUCCAACGGCAGCACGUGACCGACUCGCAGCGUCUCCUGCAGUCGCUGCGCGUGGAGCUGCAAGUUCGUGAGAAGAUGGAGACGGCGGCGCACAGUCCAGGCGUCAGCGCGACACCGGAUCCCGCCUCUGCUCUUCUGAGCACUGGCUCAGUGGACCUAUCCGAGCUGCUGUCGGAGAUCCGCCACCUGCGUAUGCAGCUGGAGAAGAGCAUCCACACCAACACGACCCUGCGACAGAGGCUGGAGGAGCAGCUGUGGCGAGGAGCCGCCCGCUCCGAAACCAUCAACAUCAACUACCGGGUCUCCUCUGCAGAUGAAGGGGGCGCGUCGCCUGGUCGUGACGGUGCCAACGUUGUUCUUCACGGCGACACCUCAAACGCUCGAGUGCGCUGCGAGGUGGAUGGCGACGGCGGCGGGAGCAGCAGCUCCGGCGAGAGCGUUACAGGCGCUCCCUCCCGCCUGGUGCCAGGCCACCGCUUGUGGGCCAACCGCAAUGGGCGCCACAUCCUGGCACUGGUAGAGGACUACAGCGCCCUCCGCAGGCUCAUCUCAGAAGGACGCAAGUUGGCACACAGCAAGGAUGCGCAGCUGCGCUGCUGUCUCAACAAGGUGCUGGACGAGGAGGGCGUGAAGCAGCUGUUGGGCGACAUGAGCACCAUGCAGCAGGUCCUGGAUGAGGCCGCCCGCCUGCUCAAAUUGGUGUGGAGGGUCUCUCUGCCGACAGGGGGCGCUGCGGCAACGGCCAACGACCAGCAGGAGGAUCUAAAGAAGGAGAUCUCGCGUCUCAAGAGCCGAUUGUCCCAACAGGACAGAAUGCUGACCGGAGCUGUCAAACGCCUGCACACCACCAACCAGCUCAAGGAGGGCAUGGAGAGGGUCAUCAUUGACCAGCGUACGCUCACACCUGUUCUUACUCACGCCACUCGCAUAAACAAAAAAGAAACUAAGAGAAAAAAAGUUGGGGGGAAAACAAAUGUGUGAACGUGUUUUGUGCGACAAAAGUACAUUUAUGAGAAAAAGUCAUGGUCGAUUUUUUGGGGGGGCUAAAA